UUGCGUUUCAAGUUUUCUGUUCUGGCCAGCAAAUAGCCCAUUAUGUUCCAUAGCAUCUCCUUGGAACUGGACAUGCAAUCUUAGAAGUUAGCUUUAGCAUAAUUUGAGAAGUUGUGUUCUUGUUUUCCGGGAUAAUGUUGCCGUUCUUUUGGUGAGAUAGAGAAAUAGGCAUACUAUUAAUGUAUUCAAAAAUCCUAUUCUCUGGACUUCUGAAGUAAUUCCAAUCUGUUGAAUUCUUCCAGGUUCUCAGGCUAGGUUUUGCUGGUGAACAAGAACAUGAGAAUCAGCAGGUUUUCAUCUUUAGCUUGUGUAGUGAAUGCAACACUUCAGUGGUUUCAGAUUUUGUCUCGGGUGUUAUCUCAGACUGUGUUGAUGUGAGGGCAUUAUUUCUGACGUUGCAACAACACAGCUUUCCUAAAGCUUUGGUGGUUGUGCAGUAGUAGCAACUCAUUAACUAUUUACAUUUGUGUAGAUGCUUAAAAACCUUCUCUGACUUUUUCUGUGCAGUCUUGUUAGUUCUCCAGUAUUAUCAGGGCAGAAAUUUAUACAAUGUGCUUCCUCCCUGUAUGUGUUCACCAUGAGGUUUGGGAGGGUUUGGGGUUUUUUUAUUUUUUGCAGGGGUUUUUUGGCGGGUUUUUCAUUUCUUUUGACAUAGAGAAAAGUCAUCCAAGACUGAAAUCAUUCACAGCUAUAAAGAUUAAUUGCCCUCUUGCAAGGAUUGAACUGACUGGACUGUACAAUGACCAACCAGUCAGAGAUAACUUAAUAGGUAUUAAUAUUGUGGGAUAUAAGCUCUUAUCCUUGAAUAAAUGUUAAUGUAUAAGUAUCUCAUCUAAUUGAAGGAACAUUUCCUGAAAAAACAAUUGCCUUUAGGGGAUGAUGGUUGCCUGCCUAACUUCUCUGUUCUUGAAAAUUUCCCUUUAAAUAUAUAGAGAAAUAGAAAUAUCCAGCCUAGUAACUGCUCUAAAUUAUGACUUAGGGAUUUUGUAAUUUGAUACAUUUAAGUGAAAAAAUUACAUUAAGUAUAAGAUACUAAACAUGUUAAAUUAGCACAGGUUAUCUGGUGCCCGUAACUCAGCUAAAUGUUGACUGCAAUCAUUUGACUCUUACAGUAAAUAUUCAUGCUGUCAUGCUGUCACUCUGUGACUACAGGAGGAUGGUGCAGAAUAGGUUUCUGUGCACCACAGACUUUUGUGGUGCCCUGGGUGUCCAGACAGGGUCUGAAGAUACUAUAUUGUGACUUCUUAAAGUGCUUCUUCCCCAUUGAAGCAAGGACACGUGGCAGGGAAGAGCUUGUCUCUUGCCCGAGGCAGAAGGCAGCCACAGCACAGAAGGAGUAGAGCUGGCAAGCCCAUGGUGGAUGUCAGAGGCACUCCUGCUAAACUUCUUCAGUAUUCAUGCCUCUCAACAAAAUAUGCUUACUUCAGAAAACCAGAAUAUUUGCUUUUUGUUUUCAAAUAAUUUUAUUAAAAACACAAUGAACCUUUCUGCUAAAUCUAUACUGCAAGACCUUUAUGUGGAGGUGCAGAAAUCCACAAACCUGGCAACUAUCUUGCACUUAAACCUUCAAGAAGAAUUCAAUAAACAUUAAUUUAUUAAAUAUAUUAGAAUAUAAUACUACAUAAAAUGUUGUUCCUUGGUCCAAUUCUCAGCAUCAUAUUACCUUAUCCAGGGCAAAGGUUAUGUAGAAAAAGUUAUACAGAGUUACAUUUAGGAACUAGAAAGAAAUUUCAGCAGAUUUGGGAAGUCACUGGUGGUGCACAGAUCAUAUAAUUUUCAGUUGGUUACCAGCAACUCAGAAAUUAGCUCAGAAAAAUUAAGUAAAAAACUUUACUUCAUGAGCUAAGAGUUGCAUCAAGUGAAACCCACCAAAAUGAGAACUUCUCAUAGUAUGAGUGUAGAAAUAGAGAGAUUAGAUCACUUACAGAAUCUCUAGUCGGUUCCUUUAAAGUUGGUCUAGAGGCAAACAUAGUGUCAGAUAGCACUGUUUGUCUAUUAUAUAGUUUUCCACCAUUUUAUUAAAGACUAGAAGAAACGGAACAGAAAUAAUAUGCAUUAAUGCCUCUCUGCUCAUAUGCACAAAAUUAUAAUAUUUACAUUAUCUAAUUUCAGGUAUUCUUAAUUCUAUUUCAGCUAUUAAAAAGCACUUUAAUAUUGAGAAGGCUGACUUCUUUGCACUUCUUUCCAACAUACUACCUAAAAAAUCUUCAUAUAUAUAUAUUUCUGCUUUUACUUGGAGGACCUUCACAUCACAAUACGGUUAGUGAAUAUUCUCAAGUUUUAUGGUUUGAGCUUCCAUUUGGUUCAAACCAUUACAGUAGGAACACAUGAUAUGAAGGAAGGAGUACAUCUGCGUGUGUGGAGGGAACCAAAUAAUAUCAUUGCACUUUGAAAAUAUGAGCAUGGCACAGCUCACUGCAGUCUUGAAGACCUUGCCUUUUUAAGUGACAGAUACAGCCUUCUGCUCUUUGUAAGCUUUGGGUUAUUUUUUGGUUUUAUUUUUUGGAUAUUUUUUGUUUUCUCAUAUGUAAGAUUUCUAAACAUUAAGCAGUUUUGUUUUGACUUUGGAACUCUAAUAUACACAAGUGUUUAAGAUAAAUGGAGGUUUGAACGGAAUUCUCAUGUUUUUCUGUUUGUUCUAAAAUUAAGACUAAUACACGAAGAUUCAGUAGGCAGAAUAACUUUGUGCUGAGCUAGGUUUAACACUAGAUGAUUCUGUGUUGAAUAAGUAGCAGUUCACUGAAUUUUCAAAUGGCUGUGUGGAGUUUGCUUCCAGUUAACACUGUCCUCUCUAUAUUACAUGCAAUCACUUUAGGUGUUUUUUAGUUUUUCUUUCUGCUUCAGAAUAGUUAAACUACAUCCAGCGCUUAGUAAAAGCUGUUUUCCACACACACCACAUUAGGAAUUCCAUCUUGGAUUACUGACAGUGGAUUUCCUGAUCCUUUUUGAAAGCUCUCACCUAUUUUGUGUUAGUUCUCUACUUGCAAGCAGGACUGUAAAAUGGAUUUAGGAUUCAAAGACCGUAACAACAGGACACACACCAAGAACACCUCUGCUGCAACAAAGAAUUUUUCUGCCUGGGAAGACUAUAGGAGUAGUGUUGAUGAUAUGCAGUACUUUCUUAUUGGGCUGUACACACUUAUAAGUCUGGCUGGCUUUGUGGGAAAUCUGCUUAUACUAACAGCCCUACUUAAGUGCAAGCAGAAGACAGUAAUAAACAUUCUCAUUGGAAACUUGGCCUUUUCUGACAUCUUGGUUGUGCUGUUUUGUUCACCUUUCACGCUGACAUCCGUCCUGCUUGACCAAUGGAUGUUUGGCACUGUCAUGUGCCAUGUAAUGCCCUUCCUCCAGUGUGCGUCAGUCCUAGUUUCAACUUUGAUGUUAAUAUCUAUUGCUGCAGUCAGGUACCGUAUGAUAAAGUAUCCCCUCUCUAGCAAUCUCACAGCAAAACAAGGCUAUUUCUUAAUAGUGAUCAUUUGGGCCUUUGGCUUCACAAUUUGCUCCCCUCUGCCAGUUUUUCAUAAAACUGUGGACCUCAGCAAAACUCUCAAUUUAGAGGGACUGGCGAACAGGCUGUUGUGCAUCGAGGCGUGGCCUUCCGAUUCCUACAGGAUCGCCUUCACGAUAGCUUUGCUGCUUAUGCAGUACAUCCUGCCGCUGGCGUGCCUGACCGUCAGUCACACCAGUGUCUGCAGGAGCAUAGGUGCUAGGCUGUCAAACAAGGAGAACAAGCUUGAAGAAAAGGAGAUGAUAAACCUAACUCUUCAUCCCUCUAAGAGCACUGGCACGCAGGUUCAGCCCUCCAGAUAUUCCAGGUGGAGCUGUGCCUUUGGCAGAAGGCACCACAGAAGAUAUAGUAGAAAGACUUCAAGUGUGAUGCCAGCUAUUUCAAGGCAUCAUCAGGAUACUCAUUCCAGAGAUCUCCCAGAAACCUCUGACACAGAAAAAAGCCAGCUCUUUUCCUCCAGUAAAUUCAUCCCUGGGAUCCCUAUCUGUUUUGAAAUGAAACCAGAAGAAAAUACAGAGAUCCAGAACAUGAUUACAGUAUCCCAGUCCAUCAUCAGAAUUAAGACAAGAUCAAGGAGAGUUUUUUGCAGACUGACAGUGCUAAUACUAGUUUUUGGCUUCAGUUGGAUGCCUCUUCACCUUUUCCACAUUGUGACAGAUUUUAAUGCCACUCUAAUUUCCAACAGGCACUUUAAAUUAGUAUAUUGCAUAUGCCAUUUGUUGGGUAUGAUGUCCUGCUGCUUGAAUCCCAUUCUCUAUGGGUUUCUUAACAACAGCAUAAAAGCUGAUUUAAUGUCCCUUAUUCCGUGCUGCCAAAUACCAUGAUUUUAUGUGCCCCAAGAUAAAGUAAAACAAACAACUAUGGCUUUCAAACCUAGUGGCGUGUGUAGCUGUAAAAGCUAAAUUAGUUUAGUUUAGUUAGUCUGACAUGGUUGUGAUUAGUAGUACUUUUUUGUGGAUGGAUAGUUCUACAGCUGCAUGUAUUUCUUACAUUGGGAAGAAAUAUAUGCAUAUGUUAUAGUAUUCUUUUAUCUGUUACAUGUAGGAAAUCAUGCCCAGUGUACAAAACCAGAAUACCAUCUUCAUUACCCAAAUUGUUGGCAACCUGUACUUUGGAAUUAUACAGAAUAUAUAAUGAGUAAUAAAUGUGAGACAGACUACUUAGACAUACCAGUAUUAACUGUCAUAAAACUAUAAUAAAAUAUGUAUCAUUUACUAAAUAAUUAUUGUUGAGACUAUUUCAAUGCCAACUUUGACUGUUUUCUAAUAUAAUUAAAUCUCUCUUUUUGGAUGUGAUUAGGAAAACAUUUUUCCUUAGCUCUUUGACUCAUAAUUUGCAGUAUCUUUACAAGAUGCUUUGCUACAGAUUACUAAAUUGCCUUAUUCCCUGGAACGGGUUUGAGGGUCAUUGUUCUUGUCUUGAUUGUUUCCAUCUCACUGUAUUUAUCCAGUACAACCUAUCUCUGAUUUCCUCAGCCUAUUUUCACUCUGGCUUGUCAUUUUAUGUAAUUUUCAUCCAGUCUGAAUUUAUCUAUAGUUAUGUCUUUAUUUUCACCGUUAUGACACCCCUGAACAUGCAACACAUUUAUGAUCAGAGUAAGCCUUCAUUAUCAAAGCAAAUGAUAGUAGAAAGAAAAAGAAAAUGAAAAGACAUCAGGUAUUUUUCUCUCCCUUUACCGAAAUGCAAAAGUUUAUUGCACUUCAUUACAAGUGACCCACUUGCUUUGGAAAGGUGUAACAGCUUUCAAAUAAACAUGUGCAUGUAUGCAUUGACAGAUGUGGGGAUGGGCAGAGUGGAUUAUUUUUAAAUUCAGCAAAGGCAAGUGUAGGGUCCUGCCCCUGGGGAGGAAUAAGCCCCUGCACUGGAACAGGCUGGGUGCUGAGCUGCUGGAAAGCAGCUCUGCAGAGAAAGACCUGGAGAUCCUGGUGGACAGCAAGUUGUCCAUGAGCCAGCAGCGCCCUUGUGGCCAAGAGGCCAAUGAUGCCUUGAGGUGCAUUAGGAAGAGCAUUCCAGCAGGUCAAGGGAGGUGAUCCUGCCCCUCUGCUCACCUCUGGUGAGGCCAUAACUAGAGUUCUGUGUCCAAUUCUGGGCUCCUCAGGACAAGAGAGACAUGGAGUUUGUGGCCUGGAUCCAGUGGAGCUCAACAAAAAUGAUGGACAGACUGGAGCUUCUCUCUUAUGAGGACAGGCUGAAGGAUCUGGGCCUGUUCAGUCUCAAAAAGAGACAACUGAGAGGGGAACUCACCAAUGUCUGUCAGUAUCUAAAAAGAGAGUGUCACAGAGAUGUUUCCAGUCUCUCCCUCUUGGUGCAGGACAAGAGGCAGUAACUGAUGCACACAAACUUCUAACUGAAUAUGAGGAAGAACUUUUUACUGUGCAGAUGACCACACACUGGGACAGGCUGUCCAGUGAGGGUGUGGAGUCUCCCUUACUGGAGAUAGUCAAGAACUGUCUGGAUGCA